GCUGUGCACCGAAACAGGAACAAACCCCUCUGAUUUACGAAUCCACAGCUUUGCCUGCGCAUGCUCAGACGUAUGCUGUUACAUGCAGCGUUUCCUGUUUGAUGAUUUUCCAAUGGCAAAGAUGGCAAAAGUGAACGGAAUGAAAUCUUGGAAGUGCGGAGUGAUCACGACGGUUCUUUUAAGUUCCGUCGUUUUUGCAUUUGUAGAGGACCUCGAUGACACAUUCAAAGACAAGAGAAUGGAUGAUGUCUGGCUGGUGGAUUUUUUUGCUCCCUGGUGUGGAUACUGUAAGAAGCUGGAACCAAUCUGGUAUGAGGUUGGAGCUGAGCUAGAGAACUCUGGAUCACCAGUCCGAGUGGGAAAGAUGGAUGCCACUGCAUACUCUGGCAUGGCUUCUGAGUUUGGAGUACGAGGUUAUCCAACAAUAAAACUACUAAAGGGGGAACUUGCUUAUAAUUAUAAAGGACCCAGGACCAAAGAUGACAUCAUAGAGUUUGCCAACAGAGUAGCGGGGCCUACUGUGCGGCCACUCCCAAGCAGACAGAUGUUUGAGCAUGUCUUGAAGAGGCACAAUGUGCUAUUCAUGUACAUAGGGGGAGAGUCACCACUCAAGGAGCAUUACAUAGACGUGGCUUCUGAACUAAUUGUUUACACCUACUUUUUCUCUGCCUCUGAGGACAUAAUACCUGAGCAGUAUGUGAUGAUGUCUGAACUGCCCUCUGUGAUUGUAUUUAAGGAUGGGACCCAUUUCACUUAUGAUGAGUAUGAAGAUGGCAGCUUGGCAUCAUGGGUGAACAGAGAACGUUUCCAAAGUUACCUGCAGAUUGACGGCUUCACACUGUAUGAGUUGGGGGAGACUGGUAAAUUAGUAGCAAUUGCUGUCAUUGAUGAUAAGAUUUCACCAGAGAAAAGCUUGAGGUUAAAGACUCUCAUACAGAGAGUUUCAAGAGAGUACAGGGAUGACUUCUACAGGCAUUUCCAGUUUGGUCAUAUGGAUGGUAAUGACUACAUCAACAGCUUCAUCAUGGGUGAGGUAGCUGUGCCAUCUUUUGUUGUUCUCAACACAUCUAAUGAGCAAUACUUCCUGCCCAGCGAGCCAAUUGAGAGGCUUGAACAACUGAUCUCCUUCAUCAAGAGUGUUCUGGAGGGCACAGCUCAGGCUUAUGGAGGGGACGGAUUCUUUCAGAGACUCAAGCGUGUGGUCUAUGAUGCCAGAUCCACCAUCAUGUCUGUUUUCCGCAGUUCUCCAGUGCUGGCCUGUUUUCUCUUUGGCUUGCCAUUAGGUGUCAUUAGCCUGAUGUGCUAUGGCAUAUGCACAGCUGAGUCAGACGAUGAUACAGACCUAAUAAAGCGAGAAGGACAAACAGAUGAGGAUGAGGAUGAGGAGGAAAUAGAUGUGAGGCACAUGGCUGCACAGCUCAAGGGCCCAGGAGAGGAUGAUGAGGUAGAAAAAGAGCAAGUUGAAAAAAGUGAAGCAGAUAAAAAGCUUGAUUAACACAGGGGGGAGGUGCAUGGAUGCAAACAAAGAUAACAUAAUGCAGACAUUCUGAAACUGAGUACAUUUUUAAUCACUCCUGAACUCUGACCUACUGCUUUAUCGUUUUAAAAAACAAUUAUAUAUAUAUAUAUAUAUAUAUAUAUAUAUAUAUAUAUAUAUAUAUAUAUAUAUAUAUAUAUAUAUAUAUAUAUCUUUGUUGUUAAAAAUUAUACGGUCAGAAAAUGCGUGCGUGUGUGUGUGUAUAUACAAGUUGUAUCUUUGAGGUCAUCUGAAUCCAAAUUGAUUGUCUUUUCUGUUGAGGCAAGAAGAGGGCUAAAAAAAGGAUUUGGCUUAGCAAAUUGUAAAAGUCCCCCUUCAUCAUUCAUUCUGUUUUAUAUUCUUUGUCAUUUUGUUUUAGUCCAGGAUCCAUCUAUCAAAUUGUUUACUCUUUGGUGCACUACUUUGGCUAGCUCUGGAAUAAAUAUGAUUUGAACACACAAAGAAUCAGAAUAGGACUUUUUCCCUGCUAAAAACAAAACACAAUGUAAUGAUGUUAAAAAGCUUUAAAAGCAGCAAAAGACAUUUGAUAGGUUUUUUCAAGCAAUUGUCAUGAUGUAAUUAUCAUCCAUGCAUGGUUUGUGUGUGUGGUAAAAAAAAAAAUGAAGCGAGAGACUGGUUAAGAUAUGCAAGGUGUACUGACUUGAUGUUACAUAUGAAGUACAACAAAUGAAUGGGGCCUUUACAUACAGAUUAGCUUAUAUGGGCAACAUGCAAACAGAUAUCUUUCAAGCUAGUUGUAAGACUGUAAUAGGAUGCAUCUCCCUUGUACUAAAUUUUCUACAAGCUUGUAUAAGCCAUUCAAAUUAAUUGCACUUUUCUCAUAGGAAAUGUUGUAUAUGGUUUGGGCAGCAGUUAAUGCUUAAAGCCUUUUUUGUGACAUUUAAAUUUGAUAAAGAUGUCCACAUAUUCAAGAAGGUUAAUCCAGCUCUUCCCACCUGUGAAUGUGUUUAGUCUAUAUCUGUCUGUUCUGAAUGCCUGUAGUUAUGCAAAUGUCAAUGCACUGCAUUAAAAUUAGAUUUACUAUAUGCACUGAACACACUGGGAAUAUGAAGUAUGGAUUCAUUUAAAGCCAAUUUAUAUUCAUCAUUUAAAAAAAAAAUCAAGACUGUACAAACUGAUGGUUAACAAUAAAAUCAGCAUUUUGAAGAAUUUACUUGGAGUGAACAUGAGAUUAGCAGUGUGUGUGUGCGUGUGUGUUCAAUGUUGUUGAAAGUUUGUGAACCCUGUAGAAAUGUCUAUGUUUCUGCAUAAAUAUGACCCAAAACAUCAUCAGACAGAUUUUUACAUAAGUCCUAAAAGCAAAGUGAAUGCAAACAAACACAUCAGAUAAAUAUAUUAUACUAGCUGAUUUUUUUAUUUAGGAAAUGCUCCAAUAUUGUAUAUCUGUGAAUGGCAAAAGUAUGUGAACCUCUAGGCUCCCAAGCCAAUGUACAGGACUGAUCAAGUUAUUGGAAACUUUAUUUGCAGUAAUUGCUGCACAAGGGUUCACAAUAGAUACUGAAAAUAAAGGUUCACAUACUUAUGCCAGUGACAGUCAAGUAAUGCUUAAUCGAUUUUCUUUAAAAUAAAUGUAGUAUAAUACUUUUGGCAUAUUUGUUUGAUUGGGUUUACUUUGUUUACUUUAAGGACUUCUAAAAAUCUGUUGAUGUCUUGGGACAUAUUUAUGCAGAUAUGUUGAAUUUUCGAAGGGCUUAACAAACUUGUGACACUGUGUGUAUACACGUGUGUGCAUAAAAGGUAAAAGCUACCUAGUUACAUACACACACUUUCAAUAUUUAGUCUAACUUUACUUCAAUUAAAUAGUUAGCAGUGAUAUAAUUAGGUAGAUUUUUGGCCUUCAGUCUUUAAACUGUUAAACUCCCAGGCCUGAAAUAUUUCUUGGUGUAUUAUUACAUAGCCAGCAUUUUAAAGCUGUGCAUUGAUUAUAGAAUGUUGUAGAAAAUUGCAAAACCUGUACCUUUUAUUAUGUAGCUACCAACCACCUGAUGAUUUAAAAUGUUUUUUAAGCAUUUUGUCUCAUUAAAUAAUUUUUUAAUGUGUAACUUUUCUAAGUCCUUUAUAAUAAGAAAAGGCCAUGCAGCUAGUUAACUAAGUGAGCUGUGAACUGUAGUUAGAUUUACUUAAGCCAUAUUUUGUCACCAUGUUCUAUUUUGUUUAUUAAUUUAUUGCGUAUGAUAAUGGGAUUUGCAAAGAAUUAACUAUUAUUUGAUAUGCAUAUUGUCUGCUGACAGAAGUCAAAUAAAUAUGGAAAUAUUUUUCCUCUUUG